AUGUCCACAAUCCCUAAUGAGCUCCAACAGAAGAAGGCAACUCUUCUGAUCAUCGGCGGCGGCCGACUGGGUACCGCUGUUCUCCAGGGUCUGUUGUCCAACCCAGACACUGCAGGCCUGCUUUCGCGCAUAGUGGUCGCGGUAAGAUCUGAAGGCACGCAAAAUCGAUUGCAACGACUGCUUCGCUCCUCUCUAAGCAGCAGGUGCGUGGAUGACAGCCAGGUGCGGACGAGCGUCAUCCUGUCAGACUCAACACCAGCAGCGAUUGAGCAUGCCGACAUAAUCUUCCUGGCAUGCGGCCAUAAUGACUGCGAACAGUCACUAGCCAGGCAGUCCAUUAAGGACGCAUUCCGGCGAAGGCUUGGAAAGCAGACAAUCGUCAGCUUUAUGGGCGGCGUGACGAUUGACACACUCAGGCAUAUCCUAUUCACCGAAAAAGGACAACCGCCUCUGCAGACAGAAACGGCUUGCUGCAUAUUACGUGCUCUGCCGAAUGUAGCAGCUAAGUUCAACCAAUCCAUCACAGCUGUCGCACGCGUCUCGGAGAGUUCCGCAGCCGAGAGAAGCAAAGAUAUCCACGAAUCGAGAACAGAGACCAUCUUGCGCCUUUUCGGGACCGUGAUAUGGACAGCAGAGCAGGAUAUCAACGCUGCUGGCGCACUCUGCGCCUCGUCUCUUGCUUACUACGCAACUAUAAUUGAGGCCGUGGCCGAAGGCGGCAGAGGCCAGAACAGCGCGAUCAGCCGCGAGACCGCACUCCAGCUGAGCGCGCAGGCGGCCAAAGGGGCGGCUCGGUUGAUCGAGGCCGGAGAGACGCCUGAACAGAUCCGAGCAGCCAUUGUCAGCCCUGGAGGCUCCACUGCCCGGGGAAUCCAAGCCAUGAAAGACAGGCAAAUUGCACCACUCCUCCGUGAGGCCAUUUUCGAAACAUCUGGGGCAGCCGACGAUCUUUCGACGAACGCAGUUAGAUCAAGCUCAGAAACAAGCCAUUAA